AUGGCUCCCAAGAAGCUCACCGACCACCUCCUCGCCCAGAACCCAGAUGGCUUCAAGUCGGCGACCAACCACCCAUGGCUUCGUCUAGCCGGCACCUCGAAGCUUCCCACCUCAGCUCUACUGGCUUGGUUGACCCAAGAUCGCCUCUAUAUCUUCUCCUACAUUCCCUUCAUGGGCAACAUGCUAUCGAAAGCUUCUAUUCCAUCCACAUCUUCCCGUGAGAAGUCGCUCGAAUGGCGAGUGGCCGAUUGCUUCAUCAACGCUCUCACCAACGUUCGCAGAGAACUUGGCAUGUUCGAGGAUAUCCUGAGGGAGCACUUUGACUGGAAAGAAGGAGGCGAGCAGGCCACGAAAGAGACAAGGGCAUAUCAAGACAUGUUCGCCGGUGCAGGUGCGCCGAACCAGAGCAUUCUGAUCGGUAUGACUGCUCUGUGGGCAACAGAAAAGUGCUAUCUCGAGGCUUGGAAGUACGCUUUGAGCUUCAAGAACGAAGUGCCUCAAGACAGGAAAGAUCAUGUGCUGCACACCACUCUCAUACCCAACUGGACUUGUGACGAGUUUGAGGAGUUCGUCAUCUGUAUUGAGAAGCUUCUCAAUGAGCUUGCUGCGGACAUCGAUCAGGGUAGCACGGAAUGGGUCAAGUGUGAACAAGUCUGGGAGCAAGUCUUGUGGGCCGAGGAGAACUUCUGGCCAAAGGUAACGCAAUAG